UCUGUAUAUCUUAUUAUUUGAAUGCCCUAGUCUUCUUCGUUGGCUCUUAAAUCAUUUGGGCCGUUGAUUGUGUAUCUUUUGUGCUAUUGUGUAUGUUGUAGCUUGUGAGUGCGAAUGGGUAAGUUACUUGUCAAAAAAUAAUAGCAUUAAAAAUGAGAUAUGCACUUAAAGGUAUGAAGAGCCCGUCUCCAUCAUGUAUAUAGUAGAAUAAGCGCAGUUAUAUCUGUUUCAAAUGUGGCCAUUAUUUUCUCUGCCAUGAUUUUUGUAAGUUUUAAAGCCUUACUAUUAACACUUAUUAUUUACAAAACCUGGAAAAAAGCGACCCCAUUUGUCUUUGCCCGAUAAGUGGUACUACGAUUUGACAAGUUCUGGAAAAACUUGAUCAUUAUGUUCUCUGUCAUGAUUUUUAAUUUUUUUAUAGGUUCUAAUGUCUCUGGGUGUUGAAAGCAUUUCUGUACUACGCUUUCCAUGCCUAUAUGUUAUAAAAAAAUAGUAUCUGAUUUUCUGUUUUCAUAAAGAUUCCUUUUGAAGUUCAUUCUAAUUUUUAAUCAAAUUCUUUUAAAAUAUAAUCUGCCCAGAAAAGAGUUAAAUAUGUAUAAACAUAGCUUAUGCUUGUAUAUAUAAACAUAAAAUCUAUAAAAGAAAAUUUGUAUCAUCGACCUCUUCAGUUUUUGUGGGCAGUUUUUGUUUGUUUGUUAAUCUAUGGUGUGUAUUAAAUGCGUUCUGUCUCUCCUUUUGUUAUGUAUUGUGUCCAGAGUAUUUUCAAUGAGCUCUUGCUUGUUUCAGUUUUGUGUUGUGUUGGUCAGUCGCUUGGUGAAGUGUGUUGUUUCUUGUUUCAGAAAAUUAGAGAUGAUAUAUUUUUCUUGUUUUGGACAGUUAUUUCUUGAUGAAGUAGCUCGUGUAUAUGUCCAGUAUACUUGGACUCUUGCCUAUUCUUAUGAUCAAUAAAAUCUUGUUUACCGAUAAAAAAAGAAUUGCAUUGAAGGAGUGGUAAUUUUUUUAAAAUUUUUAUGGUUUUAUUUUUCCAAAUACGAGGAAUGAUGAUGUGCCAAAUAAGAUAUAGGUGACGUGAAUUGCAUUGAGUUUUUUAACCGAAUUCAAUUAAAGAAAAAAGAAAAGAAAAGAAAAGCUAUGCUCAAAACUUUGGACCUAAUAAAUAAUUGUUUCAAUUUAUUAUAACUUCACGCUAGCUUAAACUUUAAUGGUGAUGGUAAUUUUCUUUUUUCUUUUUUACAAAAUAUAUCUUUGUUUUCUCCGUUUCACCGAUUAGCGAAACGGAAGAAUACGAGGGUUUUACUCCUAGUAGGAUGUACUCCUUACUCGAGUGUUGAGGAAGAAUACUGGGGUUUUACUCCCUUUUGUGGGUGUUUCUACAAUCUCAAACGGUAAAACCCUAGCAUCUCUCUCCUGUCCAUAUAUCUCCAAUUGUCUCUUCUAGAUGGUUCGGUUUUGCACCUGAUAUGUAUUUAUCUGAGGUACCUUGGAUAUGGGGACUCGAAAUCUUUUGUGGAAUGUUGCAAACAAAUACUUCACCUUUGGACUUGUGGGCCUCACUAUUUCUGAUCGAUAUGCAAGUAUCGUUCCUGUUCGGGGUGGCUCUAUGUCUCCUGCAUUUAAUCCUCAACCCAGUAUUUCAGAUGACUAUGUUUUGGUGGAGAAGUUUUGCCUCGAAAAGUACAAGUUUUCACAUGGCGAUGUUGUAGUUUUUCGCUCCCCAAGUAAUUACAAGGAGAAACACAUAAAGAGAAUAAUUGCCUUACCAGGUGACUGGAUCGGAACCACUCAUAAUUCCUAUGAUGUGCUGAAGAUUCCAGAAGGACAUUGCUGGGUAGAGGGUGAUAAUUCAGCUUCUAGCAUGGACUCCAGGUCUUUUGGCCCGAUUCCUCUGGCUUUAGUUCAAGGAAGGGUGACCCACAUCGUGUGGCCUCCUGAGAGAUUAGGUGGUGUUGAGAGAAGAUAUCCUAAAGAAAGAGUUUCUUCUUUAUAAAUGAUUAUUCGGCCCCGAGUCUCAUCCUGUGAGAGAAACUUUAUUUUUUCUUUUAAUUAAUGUCGUUUGGGGCAUUUGCCAAGGCAGCCUUUUUUUUUUUUUUUAAUAAAUGGUUUAUUGUUUUCCAAAUGAUCAUUGAUAUUUGCACCUUGCAAUUUUUGAUUCUUUUAGUGAGCUGUAUGCUUGUGGCAUUGCCAUCAUUUCUGUAUCGUUGACGUUACCUAAACAUUCACAGAAUUUUCAAAUGCAAGAAGCACAUGAUUAGUGGCCCAA